GGCAGUAUUUUCCACACCGACAGAUAUCUGAGUAACUCUUUCCGCUCCUGUUACAGCCUGUUUCCUCGCACAGCAACUGAGCUAACAAACGAGUACAGUUAAAGGAUCCAUUCAUUUACUUUUCUCACAUCUUUCUCCGGUUUUUUAUCACAGAAACACAGACUUUUCUAAAGAUGACAGACCGCUACAACAUCCACAGUCAGCUGGAGCAUCUGCAGUCGAAGUACAUCGGCACGGGCCACGCAGACACUAGCAAAUGGGAAUGGCUGGUUAACCAGCACAGAGACUCAUACUGCUCCUACAUGGGCCAUUUCGAUCUUCUCAAUUACUUCGCCAUCGCUGAGAACGAGAGCAAGGCUCGUGUCCGCUUUAACCUGAUGGAGAAGAUGCUGCAGCCAUGUGGUCCACCAGCCGACAAACCUGAAGAUGCUUAGGGCCAUUGUGACUGAAUCCCUACUGGGUGUUUUAUAAGGCUCUGCUUUUGAUAUGUUCAUUGAGAGAUGCGCUGAGAGAAUAUAGAGAGAGCGUGGACAUAUGGGGGUUGUGGGUGCUCUUUAAAUCAUCUUGUUUGAGAACCAGCCAAUGUUUUCUUUUCUUUUUUUAUGCUGAUUUUUUUUGUGUGUGUGAUAUUUUGUAUAGGUUGUUGAACUGAAAGUGUGUCUUAAGAAAAUAAAGUUGAUACCCUAACACA